AUGAGUGUUCAGCAAGUAUUGAAAGUUGGUUUGAAGAGUGGUCUCAUCACUUUAUUUGUUGCAAUGAACGCCGAGAACGACGCAAUCAUCAAAGCAGCUAUCGCCGAAGCAGCCAAGUCUGAAGAUCCAAUCGGCACACUCUCCGUCCUCCUCAAGAAGAAGGCUCCAAAGGCCCUCAUCGAGAAGGUUGUUGGCCGCGAAGUCCUUGAUUCCCGUGGCAACCCAACAGUCGAAGUUGAUGUCUACGUAAAGUACCUUGGCCGCAUCACACUCGCCGCCCGCUCAUCCGCCCCAUCUGGUGCUUCAACAGGUGUUGGUGAAGCUCUUGAACUCCGUGAUGGUGACAAGGCUCGCUAUGGUGGCAAGGGCACACUCAAGGCCGCCGCCAACGUUACAGAGAAGCUUUCUCCAGCUCUCAAGGGAAUGUGCUUCUGCGACCUCCCAGCCCUCGAUAAGAAGAUCUGCGAUACAGAUGGCACAGUUCUCAAGAAGAACAUCGGUGGCAACGCUUGCACAGCUACAUCCUUCGCUCUCGCCGAAGCUGGUGCUGCUAUCCAGGAAAUCCAGCUCUUCGAGUACCUCGCCAAGGCUUUCUAUGGUGGUGCUGACAAGGUUCCAAAGAAGUUCAAGCUCCCAUCUCCAUUCUUCAACAUCCUUAACGGUGGCAAGCACGCUGGUGGCAACCUCAAGUUCCAGGAAUUCAUGGUUACACCAACACGCAAGGUUCCAUUCCCAGAUCAGCUCCGUAUGGUCGCUGAAGUCUACCAGAAGCUCGGUGGCCUCCUUGUUAAGAAGUACGGUCUCUCCGCUAAGAACCUCGGUGAUGAGGGUGGCUUCGCUCCAAACCUCAACGACCCAGAAGAGGCUCUCUCCGUUAUCGAAGAGGCUAUCAAGGCCGCUGGCUACGAAGCUGGCAAGGACAUCAUGAUCGGUAUGGAUGUCGCUUCCUCUGAAUUCUACGAUGAAGAGAAGAAGCUCUACGAAGUCGAAGUUGGCAAGUUCCUCAACGCUGACCAGAUGAUCGACUACUUCGAUGAUCUCCUCAAGCGCCACCCAGCUAUCGUUUCCAUCGAAGAUGCUCUCGCUGAACUCGAUUACGAGAACUGGACAAAGCUCAACGCCCGCCUUGGCCAACGCGUCCAGCUUGUCGGUGAUGACCUUUACACAACAAACCCAAUCACAAUCAAGAAGGGUCUCGAGGGCAAGUGGUGCAACGCUCUCCUUCUUAAGGUUAACCAGAUCGGUACAAUCUCUGAAGGUAUGGAAGCUGCCCGCCUUAUCCUCAACGCUGGCCACCGUGUCAUGGUUUCCCACCGUUCUGGUGAAACAUGCAACUCCGUCAUCGCUGAUCUCGCCGUUGCUAUCGGUGCUCAGUCCAUCAAGACAGGUUCAACAGCUCGCGGAGAACGUAUCCAGAAGUACACACGUCUUCUCCAGAUCUACGAUUACCUCAAGGAACACGAUAUGCUCGCUGAAGAGUAA